UUGGGUGAGGCGGUUGAGCACGUAGGCGGACGCUGGGUCGCAGAACAGGAGUGGAUCCGGAGCCCAGAAAGGAAAAUGGCGUACACGCAGGGAACAAAGAAGAAAGUGUGCUAUUAUUAUGAUGGGGACGUUGGCAACUAUUACUAUGGGCAGGGACAUCCCAUGAAACCUCACAGAAUCCGUAUGACGCACAAUCUGCUUUUGAACUAUGGACUGUACCGGAAGAUGGAAAUCUAUAGACCUCACAAAGCUAAUGCGGAAGAGAUGACAAAAUAUCACAGCGACGAUUACAUCAAAUUUCUUCGCUCUAUCAGGCCAGAUAACAUGUCAGAAUACAGCAAGCAGAUGCAGAGGUUUAAUGUAGGGGAGGACUGUCCAGUGUUUGACGGGUUGUUUGAGUUUUGCCAGUUAUCAGCUGGAGGCUCUGUAGCAAGUUCUGUGAAAUUAAACAAGCAGCAAACAGACAUUGCCGUAAACUGGGCAGGUGGACUACAUCACGCUAAGAAGUCUGAGGCCUCAGGAUUUUGUUAUGUCAAUGACAUUGUCCUUGCCAUUCUGGAACUAUUAAAAUAUCAUCAGCGGGUACUGUACAUCGAUAUUGAUAUUCACCAUGGUGAUGGUGUGGAAGAAGCUUUUUAUACCACUGACAGAGUCAUGACUGUUUCUUUCCAUAAGUAUGGAGAGUAUUUUCCAGGCACUGGGGACUUAAGGGACAUUGGAGCAGGGAAGGGUAAAUACUAUGCAGUGAAUUACCCACUUCGAGAUGGGAUUGAUGAUGAAUCGUAUGAAGCCAUUUUCAAACCAGUCAUGACUAAGGUUAUGGAGAUGUACCAGCCCAGCGCUGUGGUUCUACAGUGUGGUGCAGACUCCCUUUCUGGGGACAGACUUGGCUGCUUCAAUCUAACCAUUAAAGGACAUGCUAAAUGUGUGGAGUUUAUGAAGACAUUCAACCUUCCAUUGUUGAUGCUCGGUGGUGGUGGCUACACAAUCAGGAAUGUGGCCCGCUGCUGGACAUAUGAAACUGCUGUUGCGCUAGACACGGAGAUCCCCAAUGAGCUUCCUUACAAUGACUAUUUUGAAUAUUUUGGCCCCGACUUCAAGCUUCACAUCAGUCCUUCCAACAUGACAAACCAAAACACAAAUGAAUACCUGGAGAAGAUCAAGCAGCGACUGUUUGAGAACUUGCGUAUGCUUCCACAUGCCCCUGGAGUCCAGAUUCAGCCCAUCCCUGAGGACUCUAUUCAGGAUGAUAGUGGUGAUGAAGACGAAGAUGAUCCAGACAAACGUAUUUCUAUUCGAUCUUCGGACAAGAGAAUUGCUUGUGAUGAGGAAUUCUCAGAUUCAGAAGAUGAAGGGGAAGGAGGACGUAGGAGUGUUGCGAAUUACAAAAAGGCAAAGCGUGCCAAAACCGAAGAUGAGAAAGAUGAAGAUAAGAAAGAUGUCAAAGAGGAGGACAAGCUGAAAGAUGAGAAGCCAGAUGCUAAACGGGUAAAAGAAGAGACCAAAACUGCCUGAUCGUGACCAGUAAACGGCAACAUCUGAAGACCAAGAGAUCCUUGUGAUCGUAACUUUUAUAUAUGCCUUGUACAGUGACUCUUUACAAACUAGAUCCACGUGGACUAAAUUAUUGCUCUCCCUCUGGUUGGAAAAGGAGGGAAUUAAACCGGACAAAGCCUUCCUUAAUGAUUGUUCAUGUCUUUGUAGGCAUUAAAACCUUUGCCCCUUCCUCGUUUUGGUGGUGACUCUGUUUACCCUAACUCUGCUCUCUUCAUAUGAGAAGCCUGAUGAACCCCUAGAGUUUUAACCUUGUGUUUUAAAGUAUUACUUUUAGUACACCCGUGCUGUAUUCAAGGUCUGCAGCCGAAUGGCUUGCACUAUAGUGUCGGCUCUCUUGGUAGAGCAUGUACACAUCAUGAUCGGGAUCAAUCGGGUGAGAGAGAGGAGGCUAACCUAGUCAUCUUCCAGUAGGGGCUUAUAAUAUCCUUAUGGGGAAGGGACAUGCAGGUCUCUUUCCCCAUCACUCUUCAGGGAUUCCCUGUUGGGGUAAUGCUGCUACAUCAUACCAUUUUAAUGUUUUUGAAAAGAUGGGGGGAGCCUGGUCAGCAGUUACAUGUUACCUCAAAGGGGUUGCUAUUUGGGUUUCUACAUGUGAUCUUACUGUGGGAAUUGAUUGACGUAAGGAUGGCGUUAAGGGGGUUUAUAUAUGUCAUGUUUUGUGACUGGGUUUUGUUUUAAUGAUUAUUUUUCUUUUUUAAAUUGUGGAGAAACUUUGUAAUAAAACAUUAUACCACA